AUGUACAAUAAGAAACUGAAGCAAAAUUUUAUCAAGAAGACUAAGCUAAAAGAGUAUGAUGACCCAUUAGUUGUUGAUGAGGUGUUAUCUGAUAACGAGUGGAUAGCCAACCCGAGUGAUGAAUAUGAUGAAGCAUGUGAGGAGGAUGAAAUUGAUGUAGUUUGUAGGGCAAUUGGGGAGAGAGGUGAAAGUUCUUCAUCUAGGAAGCGGAAAAAUGUUGAAGUGAAUUUGGUGGAUGAAGAUGAUGAUGGACUAAAUUCGGUUGAUGAAGAUGACAUCUAUCGUGAGAACGAUGCGCCGGAAAAUGAUUGCUUUAAUAAUUCAAUUUACAGUUACUUGAAAGAAAAGCGUGAAAGAUGGCUUAAACGCGUUCUAUGCUGCCUGCAGUUAAUUACACCAAUCCAUACAAUGUACUUAGACCAAGGGAGAAAGCUCACAGACUUCAUACAAGAAGGAUGCAAAGAAAAGAAAACAAUGUCCAAUCAUUUGAAAAGCUUUGCCAUUGAUAAUGACUAGAUGAAGAAUGUGUGCAAGAGAGGAGAAAAAGAGACAUGUUUACCUUUUAAGAAUCAUCGUUCACAGAAGAACCCCAUCCCUUUCAGCUUUCAAUUUUCACCUUUGUAGCUCAGGAGACUAAUAUGAAUACAAGUCUGAUUGGGAUGAAAUUUUCUUAUGAAAGAUUUCAUUAAGGCUUUCGUACACACAUAUUGAGUCAAUGGAGGAUUUGGUCAACAUGCUGCAACAUGCUUCUAGGGACAUCUUAACUAGUUCAAAGUAUUCGAAAAUUUACCUGACCCUAGAACUCGCCUCUGAAUCAUUCCUGGUCAACCGUCAUUCUCCCUUUUCUCAUGGAACGGAAUUUCCAUCGAUCCGUUCAAGUCCUUUUAGAAUUCUUACAAAGGAUUUUUCAUCUAAAUGUUUUGUAAAAUAUUAGCUAACUAAU